AUGUUGCAGGAUAUCCACGAUGGGCCGUCAGAGAGAGACACAGAUACCACAAGCCGCAAGCGACCAUCUCAGACCGGAGAGCCGGCAGCGAAGAAAGCAGACCGAGCAAAGCGUGUUCGCGUCUCCAGGGCCUGCGAUCAAUGCCGAGCAGGGAGAGAAAAGUGUGAUGGAGCACAGCCUACUUGCCAGACAUGCGAGAUCCAGAACCGGUCUUGUACUUACCAUGAGCAGCCGAAGAAGAGAGGCAUUCAGCCAAACUACAUUCGAACCCUGGAGCUGACACUCGCCUGGCUUUUGCAGACCUACCCUGGAUGUGAGGUGAAGCUGUCUCAACUACUUCCGAAUCCGAACGAAGAAGUCCAUCAACUUAUUGCCUUCAAGGAGGCUAAUGCAUCAGACGCUUUGCACGCAGUUUGGAGGAACGGCAUUGUCUGUAGACAGAUUGACCAACUUCUGUCCGGUGCCACCAUCGAGAUCCCACAGCAGACCGACGAUGAUUCAGGUGCCGCACAGCUCAAUGACAGUGCCUAUGGAGGAAACGGUACUGAUUUCGGCGAGGUCAAUGUGCCGUACCAUUCGCCACCUCAGUCAGCACCCUCAGAUGGGCAUGCAGCCUUGUUGGAUGUACAAGGCUCUGGGCUACCUUUCUCGCCCCCUCAAGGCUCUUUCAGUCAACCGCAAUCAAGUGUGGCUAGGUUGCAGCUACCGACGAAGGCAUGGUCCAUGCUAGAAGACUACUUUACCUUCACCCAGACUUGGCUUCCCAUCACUGAAAAGCAUGACAUCUUGAAACUCAUGUACUCGUACCCUGCACCUGGCUUACCCAGGAACGAAGCUGUCUCGUCUGACCACGCCGAGCUUUGGAGCAUAAUGACUUGGGCGGCCGCGCGAAUGGAAGGCGAGGCUAGGAUGGAAGCUUCUCGAUGCAGAGACAUCGCCAGAUCUCUGAUUCCAAAGGAGGCCAACAUAACUCUUGGCCAUGUCAAGACUCUACUCAUCUUGGGCCUCGUCGACUUGUUGAACGCCACUCUACUGCCUGCUUGGCUCACAAUCGGAUCCGCCGUCCGUCUAAUGGCCCAUCUUACCUCUCAAGAGAACACUGGAAGCUCGCUCAUAGGAGAUCGCGUGAAGCAUACGUACCUUGCGGCGUUCGUACUCGAAAGCACUAUUGCCUCACAAACUGGAGCCUUGGCCCAUUUGAAGCCAGAAGACAUCACUUCAGUUGGUCCUGUUGAGGAAGACGGACUGGACGAAUGGUCGCCUUGGCAAGACCCAGCGAAUGAAUCAGGCUCACAGAAAUCACCAGCCAGGUCAAUAAGUACUUUUAACGAGCUCGUUCGCAUGGCUCUUCGCAGACCGCCGAGUCUCACGGCGACUCCCCAAAGUCCCCAUCCUCCUCAGGAACUGAGUGUUGUCUUUGACUUACUUCGCAAUGGCAGCGCAAACAACAGCAGGCAGCAUCCAUCUGCGCUUCUGGCCAACCGGCGUCAGUCGGACCAAAACACCGAUUUAAAUAAUCUACCAACAGUCGGAGCAACCUCUAUUACUCACGCCCGCACGCAUUCCUCUCCAAUGGAUUUCUGGAAUGUACAGCCUUCAGGAUCACAAGGCCUACAGGGCAUGUCUUUAGAGACUCAGUACCCAUUCAUGAGCAUUCCAAACGAGACGACAGAAUCUCUACCAGGAAGUACACCGGCACAAAUGACAGUCUCCACAGCCACUCCCUCCCUUUGGCUCGGUGAGAGCUCUCAUGCCCGAAUGCCGGAACCACACCAGCAUUCGCAAGCGGGACCUACUAGUCAGGCUGGAGCAGGAGGGGACAUUUUCGAGGAGUUGGCCAUGCUCGAUCGCACUGACUCGACCCAGAAACCAAACUUCAUGGAGAACCUGGGAUUUGGGCCUGAUUUGGACCUGGCAGAGUUCUUCGGGGCCGAUUAUCAGCCUUCGGAUCCUUUGCUGGCUUAUAUGCAGCCCAACGAGUUUGCAGACUUCUCCCAAGCAUACGAGGCUGAGAAGGACGCUGGUUGA